UCCAAAGCCGUAGUCGCGAUUUGUGCCAAUUUUAGUUGAGUUAUAUAGCUUAUCGUUUGAGAUACCGACGCUGAAAAUAAAGGCAUGACUUUAUCAACAGUCGGCUGGGCUCUUCAGCUUUUGGGGAUCGCUCACACCGUGUUCGUUAUAUCUGAGGGUGUGACACUGACCCUCACCCCUGACCAGGGCACUACUCUCAACAUCAGCCAGAGUUCAGAGCGCAGCAGGGGGUCAAAGUGUACUGUAUGCACCGGUACAGGUUUGAAGAAGUCCUGCUCCAGAGCUGGAAGUGAUUAUGUGGUGCUGCUGACAGACCCCAAAGCUGCUGUGAACAUAGAGUUCACCUGCCCCAAACCAGAGGAAGUCUUCACUGUGGAGGUGGUCAGGGAAAUAGAUUGUACCACAAGGUCCUGUAAUGGAGACAUCACCCCCAUUGAGUCUAGAACCGGAACGCUUCCACUCCAGAACUUCAACCGUACCUUUAUCUGGAACCUGAAGGCCCCGGUACCACGGGCAUUCCAUUUGGACUUCACCCAGAUGGGGAUGAGACAGAUCCUGCCCUCUGAGAGAUGUCUAGACCAGCACACGUAUACCCUGCUAGCCCUCCAGAGGACAGGGGAGGCUGCCAUCGGGACGUACUGCAGGAACGGCAGCGUCUCUGGGGCUCAGGUCUUGAACCAGGGCAGGCUCUCUCUGGAGGUCACUGGAGGACGGAAACUGAACCCCACCAUGUUCAACGUGUCUGUUGGAGAGGAAAUCAAAUCACUUGCUGUCCUCAAAGUGACUUUACCGGAAGGGACGUCGUCUUCGGAGUUGCUCUCUCCAAACUACCCGAAUAGUUUCCCUGACGAUGACCAGAUGGAGUGGAAGUUUGUGGUCCCUCCCAAACACAACGCUACGGUUGUCUUCCUGCGUCAGACCCAGCCGCAGUGCCUGAAGAAGGAGCCGGCCGUGGAGUAUCACCACGGUAACGGGCGGUUCGCGGUGGUGAAGAAGCUGUCGGACCCCCAGCCGGCCCAACGUCGGGACUCCUUCUCCCUGAUCCUAAGGAACUGUGAGAUGAACAGGAUCGGAGACGGCUCCACUGGUCUCUCCCUCCGCUUCAAGGUUUCAGCCAAGAGGAGGAGUCUUCCAGUGAUGUGCAACGUGGACCUGAGGAAAGAGCGGAGGCUUUCCCUCCAUAUUGAGAAAACUAACCUCAUGUCUGACUGUGAGCUGAAGCUGAACUCUGUCAUCCAGGAGAAAAUCACUGUUCCCUCAGGGAAGAUCUCUCAGCUGUCCUUCCAGGACUGCCCAUGUCAGGAGCUGCUACUGACCGCCAUCAGAAUCAUAGAGUGCCGUCACUGGAGGGGCUGCCCGGCAGCAGCAGCCCCUGUCCUACUGACGGCGCCCGUCCUGGAGAGGUGUCUUCCCGCUCCCCUGGACAAUGUCACCUGGAUCCUCCGUCCCCCUCGGGAUGGCACGGUAGAGCUCCUGCCCACUUCUGGCAACCUCAGGCAGUCCCUGCCAGAACAACCCUGCAACGGCUCUGUCACUCUCACUGUGGCCGAGGACGAUGACGGCACCACCGUGGGUCAGUUCUGCCCUCAGGGAGCCAUACGCAAAGUCCAGGUCCACACCAACGUGUCCAUCACAGCUUCAGCCUCGACCAUGGGAGGGAAAGAGAGGUGGCCAUUUGCACACCCUUUACUCAACAUCUCCUUCACCAGGGAGAUUGCAGAGAGAUACAUUUUCACUGUAUACCCAAUGAAAGGAGUACCAACUCUCCUGGCCACCCCUAGUUGGCCUGUGGGAAUGAAGUCCUACUCCACUGUGUCCUGGAUCGUCGUUGUCCCCUCCAAGCUGGAAGCCCACCUCAUGUUCGACAACAUCAGCCAGCCUAAGUGCAGCAACCGCCACACGGGCAUCAGGGUGCAGAUCCUGGGCUCCCUGGAGGAGAUGUACAGCCGGCGGGAAGACGAGGAGGCAGGCAGGAAGAUCACUGUCUCAGAGAGCUUCUACCUCAACAUGUCCAGCUGUAUGCCUGAGAGAGGACACUUCAGCGUGCUCACACAGAUCACAUUGCACAAGGACAAGAACCUGCUUCUGACCAGCAUUCUGAGUGCGGUGGCAGCUCUGCUGGUUCUCAUGGUGGUUGUGUUGGCUGUGGUUUGUGUGGUGAUCAAGAAGAAGAAAAGGCAGCUGUCUCACCAAGUGUCCAUCUACAACCCCAACGGGACCAGCUUCCUGCCAGGGCACAACGGGAGUUUCCCCAAAUCACGAAAAGACAACGAGUCCCACAUCUACGCCUCAAUCGAGGACACACUUGUAUACAGCCAUCUUCUGCGAGAUGGGGCAGAGAUGGAUGUCUAUGGAGACCCGGCUGUGGAUGUGUACCAGAGCUUUACUGGGCCCACAGAGACUAAGCCCCUCUCUCUGGGGACAGUCACUGAACGUCCAGAGGUGGGCAUCUACCAGCCUUUUGUGCCCCCAUCCCAUAUUGCCCCACCUGUCCCCAAUAGACCCUUAAGUCAAGCCCAGCAGCCUAUGGUGGACAAUGAGCUGUACGGCUCCAGAAGCAAUGGUGACACCCCUGCACAGUCUCAACCUAACAAUAUGAACACAGAGAGGGCUCCAACGGUGGAGCCGGAGGCUCAUGACUGA